AUGAAGGAGGUGGAAAUUAUGAACGAGCUUCAAGGGCUCAAUGGGUUUGACUCACCUCUACAGACUCUCCAGAAAUUUCCACCAAACGUUCACUGGUUCUGUCCAAAGCAAAACGACGAUGAUUAUGUCGAUUACAGCAAUCUAGACGAGACCGAAGACGAAGUUACACCAGAAAAAAAACAGGAGCUGAUACGGGAUUCAAAGGACCGGCACAAAGUUGCAUACAAGUGCUCACUUGUCCUUGGCUUAGCUCCAGAACAGGCUGGACGAAUGCUUGAAGAAUAUAAACAGCAACUUAACCAUCUUUUGAGUCGUUGUGAUAAGUGUGUUUAUAAUUGGCAUUUUGGUAGAAGAGCAUUCCUGAAGGAGCUAUCUGAACAAUUCGACGACGAGAUCGUUGCCGGGCUGACCCGACGGUUAAAUGCGUUCGAUUUUUGCCGGAUACACCAAGGUCUCGAGAUAGCACACAACUUACUAUCGGCAGUUAACAUCUCACAACGGACUCAGAGUUAUCUAGCAGAACAAGACCCUACUUCUCUCAUUGCAUUGUACGAAGCCAUAUGUUGUAUAGAUUUUCACAAAGAUGACAAACUCUUAUCUAAACAUUUCGAUUUUGUGUUUGCCAACAUCCAAUCUAGAAAGGUACUCCGUAUCACCGACACUUUACCUGCAAUGGCCAGAUUUCUAUUCAGUCGAGACCAAACACGCCAACAUUUUGGUCGCACUUCUUGGCGAAAAAUGACACAUUUACUCUCGAUCAGAGAUUUUGAGUGGAUUGUACAUGAUGUCCUUAUGGAGACUAUGCUUUUAGUCGCACUUCCAAGUGCGGACCUUAUCGAUAUCGAAAAUUUUUGGUCUGGAUUUUUUCUGAUGCUCCAAAAGAUGGAUGAGACCCUCAUCACACAUUCACUUAGCGGUAUGGAGAUACAGCCAAGCAUAUAUCAUCUUGCACUUCAGCAUCUUCAUUGUCAUUCAGAUGAAAUUGUCAACUCAAUUCUCAAAUCCAUACUGAUUAUGCUUAAGCUCGCGCCGAAUGCUUUCUGGUCAGCUAUGGGGACGAUAUCUCCCUUUACCGUGGCGGAGUUGAUAUUAAAAAGUCCUGGACUUGCUAAGAUACUCCAUAGCCAAAAGGCAUCGGAAAAUUUGGACGAAAGCACCGCCCUUUCAUGGAUCUCUGCUUUUCUUAAUUCGCUGACGCCAAUUCAUCAGUAUGACGCUUGUCGUGCUUUAUCCCUUUAUCUUUUCGACCGAUUGCAAGACAGCCAGUAUCCAUAUCCAUCCCGAAUGGCUUGUCUACAAGCCGGUUUGAAUGCCCUGUCCACAAAUCUACAGAAAUUUAUCAGUCCAGAAUAUAAAUUAAAUGCUUCGACUUCUCUAAUUGUCAUAGGCGAUAUUAUGGGACUUAUUGACAAAUUUAAGAGUACAAUCACUCGAUCUGCCGACUUGGUUGAAAGUGACGAGUGCAACGGUAACCUGAAGAAAUUUGGCAGAUUAGUAAUUCAAGAUGUCCUCACUCUUGAUUGCAAGGCUGUCAGCUCUGAAUGGGCAGCUCUCUCAGCUGGAAGCGAAGUUCAGCGUGGAUCGAGAGUUCAUUCACAAGGAAUAUGGCAGGCAGUCUUGGAUAUCUUUCGGCCUGGAAGUAUUGAGCUGGCGAAGUAUAUUUUACCUUCCACUAAUCUACUAGUCGGUAUUGACGAAUUACGUCCUCAGCAUAAGAAGCGCCCAGAAACUAUGCCUACGAACCAUGUACAGUUUAACAAAGACUUCCACGAACUUAUGGACAACAUUGCCCGUAUUUUUGAACGUUUGAGCGACUUUUCUGCCGACGAUCUCAACCAACUAUCUAGAGAUCCUUUAACGGCUAGGCCAUUGUUUGCUGCCUUAGUCUCAAUGGAUCAGGGUGUGUAUGAGGCCGCAGUGGAGCUCAUCAAAACAAUGACCGGACAAGAUGAUCGUCAAGAUGCACUUAGAAGUCUACUCGAGACCGCGUUCAGCCCCCUUCUCGGAUCACUAAACGCUGCUGUCAUAAAAGUUUCAAAUGCAAAAACAUUUGGCUCCACACCACGUCUCGUUAAAAUUGGCCGCGAGCUUCUCCAAGGAUUGUGUGGAAGUACUGGACUUCUUCGUGCGCGGAAUGAAUUCUCAAGUGGGGAACGACAUGCUAUUAUGGCCUGGUGGACAAGUCAAUGGAGAGCGCUGGAUGUCAUUUUCUCUUGCACGGAAGAGUGGGGCGAGAAGGUUAUUAAGCCUACAUCUGAAAUGACUGAUUUUCUUCGUGAUUGCAUGGAAUAUGCCGAGGCUUUAUUCAACGAGUACAAUAUAUUCGCCUCCGCAAUGCGAGUGCAAAGUACACCUUCCGAAAAGCUAGCUAAAGAUUUGGAAGUACAUUCAAAGGAUUCACUCACUCGGAUUUUAAAUAUUAUUUGUCAGAACAUUAAUGGUUUUGUGGGAAUGCUGAGGCUUAGAGACUAUUAUUUGAUUAGUGUUGCUGUAAAAUUACUAGUUAAAUUACUUCGCUGUCUCGGUGAGUUUGAGCUAGAAGUGCAUGAUUUUGCGUCUACUUUUAUCAAGGACGCCUGUAAAGAAGAAAAUCGGCCUGGUUAUCGAAAAACAAAUCUGAGCAAUCAACAAAAGGCUGAAUUGCGACGAGCCCUCGACGAGCAUCAAGGUAUCGAGAUCGUCGAAGGACCGAAAACGAGCUUGAAGAAACAACCAACUCUCGAUGCAUGGUCAAAGUUAGCCGAGGGAAAACUACAUGAACCAACUUUACCAGUAAAAUGUCAUACUGACUUUCCCAAGACUGAUAUACAUAAAAAUCGAAGCUCUUUAGCGGAAAUGCGAGCUCGAACGACGGCCGCCUCCAGAGAAGCAAAAUCUAAAAAGGGUGUAGAAAGUUUUAAGGAGCGUCGACGCCAAGCUGAAGAAGAAACUAGACGAAAUAAAGCAGAAGCAAUUGCUCGCGCGAAGGCACUCCGUGCUCCUACUGGUCUACGUAGUGAAGGCUCAGGUAUUAACGACAUCAGUGGUGUUACAGGGAAAGACCACGCGCCAAAGCGUAGUGAGCUUCUAUUUGGAUCAUCUGAAUCAGAGUCUAAUGAGGAUGAAGACGAAACUAACGCCCUUUUAAAAUCACAAAAAGCUCGCAAUCAGAAAGUUUCGGAGUAUGAAGCAAGUCGGCGGCAAAACUUCUUACAGCCCCAAGGCCCGGUCAAAAAAAUAAAGAUUCAGAGGUCUGCCAAGGAUUUGCGUGCUCGUGUCGAGCCAAACAUGGAUAAUCUGUACAUUGAAAUACUAAAUUGGGAUCUUUUCCACUCUGGAGAUGAGCCACCUAGCCACAAUAUUUGUCGAAAAAUUGACCACAGAUAUGUUGAUCUCCAGCUCUAUAAGUCAACAUUCGGCCCUUUACUCAUUUCGGAAGUGUGGCGGUCACUUGUAACAGCAAGAGAAGAAAAUAAUUUUAAGCACAUCGAGAUCAAAAUUCUAAAUCGGCUUUCUGUAGAUAAGUUUAUCGAGGUUAGCACAAAUAUGCCCAUUUCGUCCAACAAGGAUAUCAAGAUAUCUGAACGAGAUAUAGUCUUACUAUCCCGAAGUUCAGAUCCUAUGAACAACCAAAACGAGCCUCAUUGUCUUGCUAGAGUAGAUCGAACGAACCGGAAACGAGAUGUAAUAGAAAUAACCUAUCGUGUAAGUAGAGAUAUUCAACAACCCUUACUUCAAUGUUUGGUUCCAAAUGGAAAGCUAUAUGCUCUUAAGAUCGCAGACAUGACUACAACUCAACGAGAAUAUGCAGCUCUCAGUAGCUUGGAGUACUAUGAUUUGUGUAACGAGAUACUAGAAGCCAAGCCAUCCCCGCACCAGAAUUACUCUGAAGAAAAAAUCAACUCUACUGUAGCUAAAUAUCAGUUAAACAAAGGUCAAGCGAAGGCGAUUCUAUCAGCUAACGAUAACGAUGGAUUCACUUUAAUUCAAGGACCACCCGGAUCGGGGAAAACAAAGACAAUUGUAGCAAUGGUAGGGUCUUUACUUACUCAAACUUUACAGCAGCAAGCGAAUGAGUUGAAAAGGAUAAAAUCGGCCGUCCAAGGCCAAAAGCAGCCUACUCCACUUAAAAAGAAACUCCUUAUUUGCGCCCCAAGUAAUGCCGCCGUUGAUGAAUUGGUACUUCGACUGAUGGACGGUGUUCAGCCAUGGGAUGGUCCUCGACAAAAGAUAAAUGUAAUCCGUAUUGGUCGUAGUGAGGCUAUUAAUGCUAGCGUUAAAGAUGUGAUGUUAGAUGAGCUUGUAAGAAAAAAGCUUGAAGGGGAUAAUGGUGAAAAGAACAAGCUUAUCAAGGAUAGAGAAAAACUCUACAAGGAUGCUGCAGCAGUGAAAGAGCGCCUUAAUGAAAUUCGGCCUCUGAUGGAUGAUGCUCGUAAGAAUGGUGAUACCACCCAAGAGCUCAAUUUCCAGCGCCAAUUUGAUCAAUUAAAGCGCAGCCAGGCAUCCAUAGGAGCAAAAAUUGACGAAGACAAAGCCAGCGGUAACACAGUAUCUCGCCAAGAUGAGAUCAAUCGACGCCGAUUUCAGCAAGAAAUUAUUGACAGUGCUCAUGUUUUAUGUUCUACAUUGAGUGGUAGUGGCCAUGACAUGUUUCGAAACCUGAAUGUUGAAUUUGAAACAGUGGUAAUCGAUGAAGCUGCCCAGUGCAUUGAGCUAAGCGCAUUAAUUCCUCUCAAGUACGGCUGUUCGAAAUGUAUACUUGUCGGUGAUCCCGAGCAGCUUCCACCAACUGUGCUAUCAAGAUCAGCGGCUAGUUAUGGAUACGAGCAGAGUCUAUUUGUUAGAAUGCAGCGAAAUUUUCCUAAAGAUGUACAUUUACUCGACACUCAGUACCGCAUGCAUCCCGAAAUAAGUAUCUAUCCGAGUCGAGAGUUUUAUGGUGGUAGACUUAUCGACGGCGAGAAUAUGGCGAGAUUGCGGGACCAGCCUUGGCAUGCCAGUACCAUACUUGGUCCUUAUCGUUUCUUCGACGUCAAAGGUUCACAAACAAAGGAAGCUCGUGGGCACUCAUUAAUAAAUAUACCGGAAUUAAAUGCAGCCAUUGCCUUAUACGAGCGCCUCAAGGCUGAUUUCCAGCACUACGAUUUUACUGGUAAAAUCGGUAUUAUCACGACGUACAAGGCUCAAUUAGUUGAACUUCGGUCAAGAUUUGAACGUCAGUUUGGCGAUACAAUCUUUAAUGAGAUUGAAUUUAAUACAACAGAUGCCUUUCAAGGACGAGAACGUGAUAUAAUAAUCUUUUCGUGUGUUCGAGCUAAAGCCUCUGGUGGUAUAGGCUUUCUUGGGGAUAUCAGACGUAUGAAUGUAGGCCUUACUCGAGCAAAAUCAUCUCUCUGGGUCCUCGGUGAUUCGUCAGCCCUUCAGCAAGGAGAAUACUGGAGCAGGCUUAUACAGGAUUCAAAGAAGCGUGGCUUAUACUCGGGCGGAGAUGUAAUGAAUCUACUUAGACGCCGUACUACUCACGAUAGACAAAGUCUCCGCGAGGCCCAGACAAAACCAUCAGCUCCUAUUCAAUCAGUCCAGGAGCAGUCAAAUCGGGAAAUAUUUGAUCAAGUAUCACUACCCCAUAUUAAGGAAAAUGAAAAUCCCAAUAAUACAUUUGAAGCGCCACAGCAAGUCAACACGAACACGCUUUCGACACCUGGACGCAAUGAAAGGCUUUCUACUUCACUGAUUUCCGUCUCUCAACCCGCUCAUCCCCUGAUAGCUCGCGAAAAGAACCACCUUGCGGACUCAAACGGACGAAACAUGUCGGUAACAAUGCCAACACCAACCUCUAUUGAUUUGAAGCUCAAAAAACGACCCUGUGAGUUCGGUAACGAAGGCCUGGCCAAAAAGGCAAACAAAAAGCCGUCGGAGUUGGAAAUUGCACUCGCUGCACAAGAAGCGGCCAUGGCUGCCGCCCCACCCCGGCCCGUUCGGCCUCCUGGCGUACCGCCGCCUCGAAGGAGAGCACCAGCUGACCCAUUUAUCAAAAAGAAACGACCCCCUAUAAAAAGGUAA